AUUGGCUGAUCCGUCUGGCGCCACGCGCUUCGCCUUAACCAAUGGGCCGCAAGGAGACAGUUUCUCCCCCGUCACGUUAACUUUCGUCUGUUUCCGGUUCCGGUCUGGAAGCUGCGCCUUCUUGGGCGGUUCGGACAAAGGCAGGAUGUGGCACGAAGCCCGAAAACAUGAGCGGAAGCUCCGGGGGAUGAUGGUGGAUUACAAGAAGCGAGCCGAACGUCGACGAGAGUAUUAUGAGAAGAUAAAAAAGGACCCAGCUCAGUUCCUGCAGGUUCAUGGCCGGGCGUGCAAGGUCCACUUGGAUUCUGCCGUGGCUCUUGCAGCUGAAAGCCCCGUCAAUAUGAUGCCGUGGCAGGGGGACACCAACAAUAUGAUUGACCGGUUUGAUGUACGAGCCCACCUGGACUACAUCCCCAUGUACACCCCUCCGUUGCUAAACCCAAUGUAA